UGGCUCUCGGAAUGGACGGUGGUACGAGGUCAAGCAGAGUUGCCGUGUAUUGUACCCAUGCCUAUGGACAAGACCGACAAGCCCCUCUUGGUGCUGUGGUACAAGGAAAGCCAGGCCACCGUGCCCAUAUACAGCUACGACACCCGCAGCGGGCCGUUCGACCAGGGCGUGCGGUGGGCGGACACUGGCUACCUGGGCACGCGGGCGUUCUUCAGGAUCCUGUCCGACCCGCCCACGCUGGUGGUGGAGGACGUGAAAGUAGCGGACCAGGCCGUGUACACGUGUCGAGUCGACUAUAAGAUACGACCUUCGGCGAUCACUAAGGUCAACCUCACUGUUAUAGUGCCCCCUGGCCCCCCACUCAUCCUGAACUCCUCGGGGCACCAGCUGCAGGAGGAGGUCGGGCCGCUGGAGGAGGGGCGCCACACACAGCUCACGUGCCGGUCUGCGGGCGGCUCCCCCACGCCCACACUUACCUGGUGGCGCGACGGCGAGAGACUCAACCAGGUCGGUCGCUUCAACGGGCAAAGUGUCGAGAGCCGGAUCAGCCUGGAGGCGACACGAAACCUGCACGGCGCCACGCUCACCUGCCAGGCACUCAACAACAACAUCACCGAACCUUCGUCUACUUCCAUUACUAUCAAAGUCAUGCUACGCCCGAUCUCCGUCGAAAUCGUGGGCGACGUCGGCACCCUCUCCUCCGGCCGCCCCGUCGAGCUGGUCUGCCGCGCCGUCGGGUCGAGGCCGCCCGCGCACAUCACGUGGAUCAAGGGCAACAAGCAGGUCACCGAGGUCAGGCACACGGUGAGUCUUUGCGAGAGUCGGAACCAAUUAUUUUGGUCAGUUAGUCUUACAGUGUAUUCGGCAACACAGAGGCAGGCAUUCGCUGAGUUAGCAAGCCAGGCACUCCCUGAGUCAGUAAGUCAGGCACUCGCUGAGUCAGGAAGCCAGGCACUCGCUGAGUCAGUAAAUCAGGCACUCGCUGAGUCUGCUGAGUUAGCAAGUCAGGCAACCAAGCCAGGCACUCCUAAGUCAGCAAGCCAGGCACUGUCAGCAAAGCCACUCGCAAGCAGCAGCCAGGCACACCCUAAGUCAGCAAGCCAGGCACUCCCUAAGUCAGCAAGUCAAGCACUCGCUGAGUCAGCAAGCCAGGCACUCACUAAGUCAGAAAGCCAGGCACACCCUAAGUCAGGCAAGUCAGCAAGCCAGGCUGUCAGCAAGCCAGGCACUCCUACAGCAAGCUAA